UUGUUCCCUUCUCUACUGCCUGUGAUCACCUUCCCUGACUAUAGAGCAUCAUGCGGGGCUCCAUUUUGCUGCAGGUCUCUCUGCUCCUUUGCCUUGUAGGAUGCAGUCUUCAAGGAGGUACAGGAUCUGUACAGUCACCAGUUUCAUCACCUCUAGCAGUGAAAGCAGGGGGGCGAUAUCCUCAGUUCGGCCCUCAGGGCUACCAGCAGGGCCCAACAGGUGUUCGGAAUGGAUAUGAAGCGGGUUAUGGUGUAAAGGCUGGGAAACCAGUCACAGGUAGCCUCGGGGUACUCCCUGCAGGGAAACAAAAGCCAGGUUAUGGAAAUGGACGUUACCCAAGCAACUUCCAACAGCAAGGAAUUGGGGCAAAUCCUUCAAAAGCAGGUUAUGGAAAUGGAGCUGGACUUUACCCAAGUAACAUCCAACAGCAAGGAAUUGGAGCAAAACCCCCCAAAGCAGGUUAUGGUUCACCAGCUGGUGGUUUGCCCAAUGUAGGAGUCCAACCUGGUUAUGGAAACGGUGCUGGUCUUUACCCAAGUAACAUCCAACAGCAAGGAAUUGGAGCAAAACCCCCUAAAGCAGGUUAUGGUUCACCAGCUGGUGGUUUGCCCAAUGUAGGAGUCCAACCUGGUUAUGGAAACGGUGCUGGUCUUUACCCAAGUAACAUCCAACAGCAAGGAAUUGGAGCAAAACCCCCCAAAGCAGGUUAUGGUUCACCAGCUGGUGGUUUGCCCAAUGUAGGAGUCCAACCUGGUUAUGGAAAUGGUGCUGGUCUUUACCCAAGUAACAUCCAACAGCAAGGAAUUGGAGGAAAACCUCCCAAAGCAGGUUAUGGUUCACCAUCUGGUGGUUUGCCCAAUGUUGGAGUCCAACCUGGCUAUGGAAACGGCGCUGGUCUUUACCCAAGUAACGUCCAACAGCCAGGGACUUUGGGAAAACCAUCCAAAGCAGGAUACGGCUCAUCAGCUGGAGUUCUAAUUGGUUUCUUAAAUGGACCUGGAGGUUUCCCUAGUAACAUCCAACAGCCAGGAUUUGGAUCAAAACCUUCCAAAGCAGGUUAUGGAACUGGGAAUUACCCACGAUUUGGAGCCCAACCAGGCUAUGGGGCUAAGCCAUCCAAAGCAGGUCUUGGAGCAAAGUCAUCUAAAGCAGGUGCUUUGCAACAGCCCUACCCUGGUGGCCUUGGGUCCAAGCCUUCCAAAGCAGGAUACCCACAAGGAGUAGGAAAUUACCCAAGGAACAUCCCUCAACAAGGUUCUUUCCAGCAGCCGUACCCCGGUGGUCCUCAGGAGUACAUUCAAGGAGCAGCUGGGUACCCAAAUAACUACCCACAGCAAGGAUUGGGGACAAAGCCAUCUAAAGCAGGUGCUUACCAGCAGCCCUACCCUAAUGUGGCUGGAGGAUACCCACAAGCAGUAGGAAACUACCCAAGCGGCCUCCAACAGCAAGGUCUUGGGGCCAAGCCAUCUAAAGCAGGUGCUUUCCAGCAGCAAUACCCUAAUGGUGCCUAUCAGCAGCCCUACCCCAAUGGUUUAAAUAACUUUCUGGGCAAUGGAAAAGGACAAGGAGUCAAGUCUCCCUUUGCUUCUCUGGGUGCCCUAGGAAAAAGCUCCAAGCAAGGAGCCCUUGGCAAGCUUCCAUACAAGUCACAGCCCCUCCCUGCUGAUGCACUUGGAUAUGAUUCUAAAUCUCUAAAAUCUGGUGGUGCUCAGUUGCCCUUCACUUCUCAGGCUGGUUACCCUGAUCCUGCCUCUGUCAAAUAUGGUGGUGUGCCAGUUCCUUAUGGUCCCCAGGGUGCCUAUCCCGAUCCUUCAGCAAUCAAAUAUGGUGGUGUUCCUCAGUACCCUGAAACCGCAUCAUCUCCACUGGAAGAGGACCUUAGUCAAACUGUUCCAUUGGAAGGAACACAGAUAAUCGCAGUGGGUCCUACUACCCCCCCGACCACGCAAGCUUCGCCCAGCACCCCGAAACAGAAAGCCUAUAAAGUCCCAGAAGAACAAGCGGCUUAUAGAUUCUAUGGAACCGGAUACCAAGGCUGCGCUGAGUGCUGAACUCUGAUGUCCUACAUUUGUCCUUCAAUUGGAUUGUUUUUUGUGGGUUGGGUGUAUAUAGGGGAAAUGGGGGGUUGCAAAUGAUUCAUCAAUAAAAAUAAGUAAAAUGUCAA